AUGUCGCAGAAGAGGCAGCCGGAGGAGAGCGAUGGCCCGCGCCGCGCCGGGGGCGCCGAGCCUGGCGGGAGCUCUUCCUCCUCCCUACCUUACCGCCCCGGCGAGCCGAAGCGCCCGAGGGUCGCCCUCCGCGAUGUGAUCACGGAGGUGAUGCGGAACACCAGCAUCGAGAAGUUCUUCAUGGCGAUCGAGCCCCUCAUCAGGAGAGUGGUAAAAGAAGAAAUCGAGUCAGCAUUUGCGAAUCAUGCCUCUAUGAUGGCAAGUGUCACAGAUACUCUCCCAUGUACAUCAAAGAAUUUGCAGCUGCAGUUCAUGACUAGACUUUCUCUUCCGAUAUUUACUGGCUCCAAGAUUGAAGGAGAGGGCUCCUUAAGUAUAACUAUUGCUCUAGUUGACACUUUGACGAGACAAAUUGUAGCAUCAGGCAAGGAGUCCCUGAUGAAGGUUGAGAUUGUAGUUCUAGAGGGGGAUUUUGAAAGCGGAGAAGAUGAUGACUGGACAGCUCAGGAAUUUAACAAUAAUAUUGUUAAAGAAAGGGAAGGUAAAAGGCCCUUGAUUUCUGGAGAUGUGUUUGUCGCCCUUAUUGAUGGCAUUGGAACAGUAGGGGAACUGUCAUUCACAGAUAACUCCAGCUGGACACGGAGCCGAAAGUUCAGGCUAGGUGCAAGAACAGAGGAUGGUUGUUUCAAUGGCGUAAGAGUACGGGAAGCAAAAUCGGAAUCUUUUGUGGUUAAGGAUCAUCGAGGAGAGUUGUACAAGAAGCACCACCCACCAUUUCUUGAUGAUGAAGUAUGGCGCCUGGAGAAAAUUGGCAAGGAUGGUGCUUUUCACAAGCGUUUGAAUAGGGAGAGCAUCCGUACUGUCAAGGAUUUUCUCACCUUACUGCAUCUUGAUGGUCCUAGGCUUCGAAAGAUAUUAGGUGGUGGCAUGUCAACAAAAAUGUGGGAGGCCACUGUGGAGCAUGCAGAAACAUGUGUUUUAACUGACAAAGUGCAUUACUACUAUCCAGACGGUGUAAACAAAGCUGGUGUUGUAUUCAAUGUAGUUGGAGAAGUAAGAGGGUUAAUAUCUGAUAAAUUUGUUUCUGUUGAUGAUCUUACUGAACAGGAGAAGGCUGAGGCACAUGUGGCUGUGAAGCAAGCAUAUGAACACUGGAAGAACGUCUUUACAUGUGACAAUGAAACACUCGUGGAAAAUUCUUCGCAGCUGUUCAAUACGAGAUCUCCAUCUUUGCAUGAAAAUCAAUAUAAUCAGUUUCCCACGCAAGUUUCUACAGAUGGCUUUGUUUUGAGCCAUUCGACCCUACAAUCACCUGACAUUUUCUCCAUGGAACCAUCCACUUCCUUAGACCCUUGUGUACUGGAGACUGAGGAGAGCAAUGAAAAUCGAUUUCAGUCAGAGAUGCCCCUAGUUGGUGGCCAUGAAGCACCUCAAGAGUCUAAUACACUGGAUAAGUUCUCCAACUCUUUGGUUUACGAGGACUGCAGUCAUCCCCCAUUCGCCGAUAUCUAUUAUGGCCCUGUAGAUCCCAGCAUAUCCUUUGACACACAAGAUCUUGGAGCUGCACUGAAAGGUUUCAUUGCAACUAUAUCGAAGCCUAAGGCGGCGUAUAGAGGAUGGAGGAUGCUGUCUUAUGUGCUAGGAUGGAUUUUCUAUACCAAGAGAAUUGUGGCAAGGAGAAAGAAACAUGGGAAAUAAAUGUCUGAGGCUUUGUGCCUUUACGUAGUUAAAAUGAAAAAUAUAAAUAGGGAGGAGAUGAUGUACAUUAGAGUCGUUUGUUGCCUCCUCAUCUUUUGGGUGCAGUUGGUUAGCUCUGCUUGUUUCUUGAGCUGUAUAUGAGCAAUUUAUCAGCUAGGGUUCCGAUAUGCGGCUGUAAAUAAUCAGAUGAAGUUUUGUACAGGGUGAGGGAUGCGCCAUACAUGUAAUGCGCAAGUAUUGGUGAUGAAAAGCCGAGCUUUCUUUUUUGAUGCAA